AUGGCAAGACUCAACGAUGUUCCUGCUCCUCCCACUGAAAGCAUCGACGCCUUGAAAAGGCGCUUCAUUCGCCAGAACCGCGAAAUAGCACGUGUGAAUUCGACCCAAUCGCAGCGCAUUCGCAAUCUCGAGACUGAAAUAUCUCGCCUUGUCGCCGAGAAUAUAUCCCUUCGCGAGCAAACCAUUGCAGCACAGGCCGAGGCGGAACGAUGGCGCAAUGCGAACAACGUGAACCGGGAGAUUAUGGAGAUGAAGGAGAGAAUGGAGAAGAAGGUCACUGAACUGACGUCGCUCAUCGUAGAGAUGGGACAUUUACCCGAAAAGGCGGCGGAGAAGAGCAGACGAAGGAGUGGUGUGCAGAAGCAGAGAGACUCGACGGAGCAGGGAUGGUUGAACAGGCAAUCAAUGAGAGAAGCUGUCGCCGGUGACAGGGAGUUAUAUGAUGGGAGACUGCCUGCUAUUCAGGAGGACAAGCUCUAUCCGCGACGGACGCUGGAGAGUGCAGAGAUUAUGGCCAUAAGAGACGAAGAAGCUCUGCAACAGGCUUCCGAGUCGCCCGAGUUGGGACCGCCACCUGUUGCACACUUCGACGUGACGGAGCCGAUCGCUUUCGACUCGUCGACUAUCACUGCCACUGCCACUGAACACAACAACAGUGAAGAUCUGAUGCAAUUGCAUUCGACGUUGGAAAAGAGAAGGAAACGCCGGACCAGCUCGCUUCUACAAGAUAUGCAGACCGAGCCCGUUUCAGAACCUCCUGUCCCCGAAGAACCCGUUCCGCAACUGUUGAAGUCGGGAGCGAAACGGAAACUGGAUGUCACAGAGCUUGAGGACGCAUCGCCCCGUGACCCAGGCGAAAACGACGAGUUCAUCUUUCAACGGAAGCCACAGAUCUGGAACAAUCCAGCUGCAGUCAAAAAGGCGUCCAGAUUCACGAGGGCACCAGGCCGCGAGAACGAGAAGCCGAUCGAGACAAGUGCCACCUCUCCCCAGAAGACGACGGCCGGAUCAAGGAAGAUUCUUGCCCCGAAAAGCACCAACUCCCCCACGAAAAGAAGAGUCCACGUCUCGGAAAAGCUUGGGGACCUUAAAGAUGGCCGAGAUGGAAUGCCCAAGCACUCAGCGAAUGAUUCACCACGCAAAAUACCAGAGCGCGAGAUUCGUGAUAUUGUCUUAGACCCCAGUGGGGCAGUCGAGUCAGACCGUCUGCCACCAAAGACUCCGGCUGCACAAGGGGACCACAUACUAUCGCCAAUCUCCACCGAGCCCUCAGCAAGGAAUACUCACCUGCCGCGCGAGGCUGCGGUCUUGAACUCGGUGGAAGACGUCCUGAAUGGUAGUAUCGGCAGGGGGUCGCGCCGCGCACGUGCGGCAGUCAGCUACGCCGAACCGAACCUGAGAGAUAAGAUGAGAAGGCCUGGUAAAGAAUUGGUUGGCGCCGUCGAGGGUCUUGCGAAGGGUAAGGAAAGCACUUCAACCUCCCGCUCGAGGGGCCCAAGUCUGGACCAAACAAAAUCAGAAGGCAUGGGCGGAACUGAAGCCAAAGACGGUGCGACCACGGGAAAGCGAGAACAAGGGGCUGCGGGAAAUGACAGGUGGCAGGGACUAGCAAUAUCGGGUUCAGGCAAGAAAGAAGAGCCUCCGAGCCCCCUGAAAGACAAGGAAAGGAGGGACAUCAUACGCGAUAAGGGAAACCCCAAUACUGUGAACGACCUGCAGGGACAGACCAACAGAAGACAACGUUACAGCGAUGAGCUGGAAAAGGCGGUGGAUCGAUUGAAGAUAUUUGACCCUCCAGUUUCUUCUCCCAUCGGAGAACCCAAAAGCCCAAGCACAGUUGAAGACGACACACCCGCAGCGACAUCAAGACGAAAAGGUCCUGGGACUGCAGUUCGGAGGAGGCAUUCCACCCAACCAGCUUCAGCUUCAGUGCCUAACCCUGCAGCUGGCGACCCUCCAAGAACAUUGCGGACCUCAGAUUCGACGUCGAACCCCAAGGCACCAGUCCCACGGCCCAGCUCCGCCGCAAGCGUGCGGCACCACGCUGGCAUCGAUGUUGAUGACAAGCAUCUCAAGCGUUCGAGCAGCGUCAGCUCUAACUUGAGGGCUAGCCAUGAGACGAAUAGGCCCGACCUGACCAUGACCAGUUCAAGCAAGAGUGCUGCUGCUGCCGAUGGUAGAAACGAAAGGAUGGCCAAUCGGCGGAGGAGUAUGAUGGUGUGA